UGGAGUUGAACAUUGUUCAAUAAACGCCCUCCUGAGUGCACGCUGUCCAACAGCGACACGGCGAAGACGUAAAGGGAACGCUCACUUUAUUCGACUUUCCCUUCUCAUUCGAAGACAGCUUUCUAAGACUGCUAUGACGUCUCGCAGGUGGUUCCACCCCAACAUCACCGGCAUCGAGGCAGAGCAGCUCCUGUUGACGCGGGGGGUCCACGGCAGUUUCCUAGCCCGGCCGAGCAAGAGCAACCCGGGGGAUUUUACUCUCUCUGUCAGGCGGAGUGAUGAGGUCACCCAUAUUAAGAUCCAGAAUUCAGGGGACUACUACGACCUCUAUGGAGGGGAGAAGUUUGCGACGCUGGCAGAGCUGGUGCAGUACUACACAGAGCAGCACGACCUCCUCAGAGAGAGGAAUGGAGACGUCAUCGAGCUCAAGUACCCACUCAACUGCAAAGACCCCACCUCCGAGAGGUGGUACCACGGGCACCUCUCUGGGCGCGACGCUGAGAAGCUGCUUACGGACAAGGGCAAGCCUGGCAGUUUCCUGGUGCGCGAGAGCCAGAGUAAACCAGGUGACUUCGUGCUCUCUGUCCUCACCAACGAGGAGAAGCAUGAAAACGUGGACCGCAAGACCAAGGUUACCCACGUCAUGAUCCGAUACCAGCAGGAUGGGAAGUAUGACGUGGGCGGAGGAGAGAGGUUUGACACGCUAGCUGACCUGGUGGAUCACUACAAGAAGAACCCCAUGGUGGAGAAGAGUGGAAUUGUUGUUCACCUCAAACAGCCCUUCAAUGCCACCAGAAUAAAUGCAGCCAACAUUGAGAACAGGGUAAAGGAGCUCAACAAAGUGGCGGACAACUCCGAGAAGCCCAAACAAGGGUUCUGGGAAGAGUUUGAGGUACUACAGCAGCAGGAGUGUAAGCUCCUCUACCCCAGGAAAGAAGGACAGACAGCAGAGAACAAGAGUAAAAACAGAUACAAGAACAUCCUCCCUUUUGACACUACGCGGGUGGAGAUCAGGGAAGCAGACGUAGAUGUGCCUGGCUCAGACUACAUCAAUGCCAACUACAUCAGAAGUAUGCAUGAAGAGGGCUGUCACGUGGAGGAGGGAAAGGUGUUCAUCGCCACCCAGGGCUGCCUUCAGAACACUGUGGUGGACUUCUGGAAGAUGGUCUACCAGGAGAACACGCACGUCAUUGUCAUGACCACCAAGGAGAUGGAGAGAGGACGGAACAAGUGUGUGCGCUACUGGCCUGACCUCAACGCCACUAAGGAGUUUGGGAAAGUGUGUGUGAAGAACGUGGAGGAGCGUCCGGCUCAGGACUACAUCCUGAGGGAACUGGAGGUGACGCGUUUGGACCGGAGGGAGCCGAUGAGGUAUAUCUGGCACUACCAGUACCUGAGCUGGCCUGACCACGGUGUUCCCAACGAGCCUGGGGGUGUGCUCAGCUUCCUGGAGCAGGUCAACCGCACGCAGAGCACCAUUCGAGACACCGGGCCCAUUGUGGUCCACUGCAGUGCAGGAAUCGGGAGAACAGGCACCAUCAUUGUCAUUGAUAUUCUCAUUGACAUCAUCAACAGACAAGGAUUAGACUGUGACAUCGACAUCCCCAAGACCAUCCAGAGGGUUCGUCAGCAGCGGUCAGGCAUGGUGCAGACAGAGGCCCAGUAUAAGUUCAUCUACAUGGCUGUCCAGCAGUACAUUGACACGGCACAGAAGAGACUGGAGGAGGAGCAGUUGGAGCCCCAAGCAUUUCAUGAUAGCUUCAUUCAAAGGAACAAUCAAGAUAAACCCGAGAUACAGAGGAAUAAGACAAAGGAAAGGGAGUACUCCAAUAUCAAAUACCCCCAGAUGACCAACGCUCGGUCAAAACCCAACAUGACCUGUGUAUCACGCUCCUCCUCUGUGGUGACGAACGACGACCCGUCCGCUGUGUAUGAGAACCUGAACAUCAAGAACCCAAGUACCUCUGGGAACAGCAGUAACACCAGGAAGUAAAAGUUGAGCCACAGACCUCUGCCUCUCUCAACCUCUCUUUUCAACAGAGGUGCCGCUUCGCCAGCGCACCAUGGGGGACCUGUGGAGCUCUGGCCCCUGACCCCCUGGCAAUGGAACCCCCCCCCCCCCCCCCCCCCCCCGCUGCCCUACUGGCUGGCUGGAGCCUCCCUCUCCAAGGAGAGAGGAGUACAGCACAGUGCUCUUGUCCUUCUAUCUCCACCCCCCAUCUCUCUCUCUCUCUCUGAAUAACUUCAAGUCUCUACAGCCUCUCCUGUCUACGGACAAAGUGCCUCGUCUACAGACAUGUCUGUUACCCCCGUAUUUGGUCCCACAGUUGUUCCAUCUCAUCCCCUAACCCACCAACCAAACCAACAAAUGUCCUUUGCUUAUUUCUGUAGACUCUCGAACUAAAUCGACACAAGAAACAAACAAUGGUGCACUCAAUGUUCAAGUGAUGUUUUGCUCCAUCGUGUUCAACCAUGAAUGGGGUGGACGGGACAAGAAAGGGUGAAGCUAUGCCGUUUCUCUUUGCGCUGUUGGAAUCCUCUCUCUUUCUCUCUCUCUCGCUCUCUCGCUCUCUCUCUCUCAAUUCAAUUCAAAGUGCUCACUCUCUCUGCUGGCUGUCAUCUACUUGAACCAAAGACUCUAGCAAUGUUCUGUUUUUGCUAGCAGCAGUCAUUACUGCAGCGUUGAGUAAUGGCGGCGAAACAGUGAAGCGAUCUGCUACCACUGAGGCACUGGCACGGACAAGCAAAGUCCUUACAACCCUAUCCCAUGAAAGGCAAGAGGAAAGGCAGGAUAUUCUUAAUGGGCCUUUGUCAGUGGGGAGCUGAUUUGUUUAUCUUAUUGGUUCCACCGAUGGUCUUUUGUGCCAUGCUCAUCUACUGUAGUGGUGCCACCAUCACAGCUACUGAGAGCCUAUUCAAUCAAGGAUAAUGAGCUCCUCUCCGGACUCCAUUUUGUUUCUUGUCCUGUGGUUGCUGGAAGGGGAGGGCUUGAAGCUCAAGGAGGGGGAGCUUGAAGCACCAAUUUACUUGUGCAAUUUUUCUAUUUAUUUAGUUUUAAACUGUGUCCUUUCAAUUAAUUCUUGUUUCUUUUAUUGUUAUUAUUGGUGUGAUUUUGUAAUGUACAGGACAUGGUUUUUAAUGUUAGUGCGGUAUUGCCUCUGAAUAAAGAAAGAUCCACUUCCAUUAUUAUCAGUCGACAAAAAGCACAAUUCUCUGAAUUUGCAGUUGCUUUGCAGAUCCUGUUUUAUAUGUGGGAAAUUUGAGGUCAACGUCAAACGAUAAAAUCGGUCGGAUCUGCAGUCUUUCUCUCUCUGUGUAGGUUGUAACUCCUAAUCGAAUGGCAUAAUAAACUGGGUUAAAUAUUUGCCAAGUGAGAGAUAGACAAGGGUAGCAGAAAAUGAGAUAGGGGAGAAGAAAUGUCAGGAUGCUAGCCAGGCUGCCAUCACUGAAGUCUUUAUGAAUAUUACUGGGCCAGAUGGCCUACAGCCCAAGAUUAAAGAGUAGAUUUGUCUCCAAAAAGUAAUUUACAAGAUGGUUAUAAUCCAGGCUUGACUUUGUUUGGGAGAGUAAAAACCGGCUUCAGUGAUGAUGUCAUAGGAAGGGUGACACCACACAGCAAAGAGCCUUCAGUUAUAUAUAUGUAUAUAUAUAUAUAUAUAUAUAUAUAUAUAUAUAUAUAUAUAUACAUAUACAUAUACAUAUACAUAUAUAUAUAUAUAUAUAUAUACAUAUACAUAUACAUAUAUAUAUAUAUAUAUAGGGCAGUGGCUUCUUUCUUAACUAUUCUUAGCAUUUUGCAUAAAAAUCUCAAUUCUAAGGUGUUCACACUGGAUUUAGCCAGCGGCUCAAUGAUGUCAUCCUUUUGAGCGACCCUGCUGGUUGGCUACAUAGAUGCUGUGCAGUGUCGUCUGCUGGUUGUGCAGCGCUGUUCUUGUACAUAGUGUUCAGGCCUUUCAACUAGGGCUUGACUACAUCAUCCCUUGCUCAUCCUAACACCAUUGCAGUAACUUUCAGCAAUACUGAAAGUCUGAUGUUUCAGUAUUUCCCUUCAAAUUAUGUUUCAGUAAGUCCGUUCUAAGUGUUAUAGGACACAUAUUUCGCUGCAGUUUAGUUGUUGAUAUAAUACUCAUGCUAUAAGUGGUAUGCUAUAAAUGGUAUGCUAUCCUGAAGUGAACAUUGAAAAUCUUUGUCAAAGGAACCUUCUCCAUUGUUCAACUGUCUGCCGAACUUUCAAUCUUGUCCAAUGAAUGAAAAUUGACAUUUUUGGUUUCUAUUUUCUUAGGCCUAGAUUCGAUCAGAUCAAGCGUUAACCGGUGAUAGCCGACACUCGCAUAGCUGAUGUUUUGGCGGUGUCGGCAAGUGGAACUGCAUUGGCAUGUCAAAUUAGUGAACAGCUGCUCUUGUGAUCAUUGUCACAAAGCCACACCUGUCCCACUCGCGUUAGUUCAGAAGGAGAAAGUUUAGCCUACAUAGAAAUAAUGACGCUCAAAUUGAAAAUCAUUAAGCAAAAUAAUGAGGAUUUCUAUCAGCCUAUUCGAGGUGUAGAUUACAUCUCACAUUCCAGUCUUCGAACUCUUAAUGUUACUCCGUGCAGCCAAUGGCAAUGUCCGCUUUAUGUAUAAUGAUAGGAGCCACUUAUGCAUUUGACAGCUCUAACGCUGUUCCACCUCCAGCACCGUCAAAAUGACUGCUGUGUGGAUGUCGGCUAAAUCGGAUCUGAUUGAAUAGAGUCCUUUAAUUAUGUUGCACUGUUGUUGAUGAUGAUUUUUUAUUGUAUUUCACUUUGCCUGGAAGGGUCAAAACUUUGUAUGAUGUGGUGAAACAUUGAGGGGUGAAUCCUACUUAGCUUAAAGAUUCAUUUUCAUUUAGUUAUGCAUUGAUGUCAGUGGGAGACUAUGUGAAAAUUUGACUAAAGUGGAAAUUAGUGUUCGCUCUUAACACUUCAAUACUUGAAAUUCUAUUCAAAAUUGCUAAAUCCUGUAGCUGCAGACUUGUGAUCUGUGACUGUCAGGAUGUCCAUUGGCUGUUUUAAAAGAGUAGAGUAUGUUGACAGUCUGCUAGAAGUAUGACAUCAGUGUUGUAAAUUGUAUUUUCAUUUACUGAGGUGUUUUGAAUUUUACAUUUCCUGUGGGUGCAUUUUAUAUUGUAUACGAUUAUUUGUUUGAUUAUUGUUAUUAUUUUAGUUUUUAUUUGGUGUUAUUACACCAUUGAUAAUAACACAAUGAUAAUGAAUUGUCAGUUAAGCAGGUGUUCUUGAAAGUAUACAGAAAUUAUAUGAGUUAUUUUAUUUCUGCUCCUUAAUUUACUUGAAUAUGAUGUUGACAUAGUUGGUUGCGAUAUGCCUGAUUUGAGUAGUGGUAUACUGACUGUUCCUGUAUUCAGAUGAAGACUGUUUUUCCCUCUUGCACUGGCUCAGCCUUAACACCUUCUGUCCAGGCUUAUAGCGCUGAUGCAAUGAGAAUGUCAGAAAUGACAACAAAAUUAUUAAAAAUGUAAUAGUUUAAUAAAAAUCUAUGAAUGAAA